CCACGGCCCUGCCGUUGCCACGGCAGGCUGGGUGGCUCCCGGGUGGGGCGUCAGUUGGCCUGUCGUACAUGAGCUGGCUUGGGGGCUGCUGCUCUGUUCAGCCUCUUCGGUGGGGUGCCUCCUGGCUCACAGUGUGUGAAUGAGGCUGGGUUUGGAAUCACGAUGAGUUUAUGUAUGAAAACUGUAAAACUGUGGCCACUGAGUGUUACAUUUGACCCCUCCCCUCCUCCAGGGUGGCCAUUAGCCGCCGUCAUCUGGGGGCCUCAUCAGCGACCGUGGGGGAGUUGGAGUCCUGGGUCAGCCCUCCUGGAUGAGGGGUGGCCGACCACCCUGAAACUGUCGACCGACAGCUUCUUUGGACCUUCCUCUCUGGGCCCCAGGCAGGUGCAUCCGUGUUUGAUGAACAGCCUUGGGGUCCUGCCCAGGGCUUAAAGUGACAACUGGGCUGGAUGGGGUCAAGGUGGGGGGCCCUACUUGGAGGCCCCCUGUGUUUAUAGGGCUAUAAUCCUAUAGGGAUUAUAGGAUUGACUCCACUCUCCACCGAUUGGUGAGGAAAGAACAUGGACCUGCAGAGGGGCCCAGGCCAAGGCUUGGCCUAAUGGGGGCUGUGAUGGACAGAGCAGGCAGGUUACUGAGGUGUAACUACUCUAUAGACCAAUAACAACAACAAUAAUAAUAAUAGUAACAAUGCGCAGUGAGGCUCUGUGCCUGAUAAUAACGUGUUCACAUGAACUCGAUUCAUCCUCACAACAAUCCUGGGAGCUGGGUACUGUCAUGAUCCUCCUUUACGAUGAGGAAACUGAGUCACAGAGAGCCCAGGUUAACUUGCUCAGAGUUCACAGCAGCCGAUGGCAAAGCUCGGUUCAAUCCUAGGUCCUCCAGCCCCAAGUCCUCAUUUCCAAGCUUUCCAGCCAACUGCCCUUUGUGAAGGAUGCUGUCCAGACAGGUGCUGGAAGGAAAUGGGGGGACUCCCCGCACAAGAGCUGUCUCCGAGUGUUCACUUGGUGCUGGGUGCCAGGCAGCCCUGGGCACCCGGAGCUGAGACUACACAGCUCCUGCCACGAAAAGCUCCCAACACAGGGGGUUGUGCCUGCUAUGCUGCCGUCUCACAGGUCAGAAUCGGGCUGUGUCCCUUGGAGCAGAAGCCGGACCUGGGGGGAAGGGAGUAGGAGAGGAGAAAGGAGCGGUCUGGGGAGUUCAGAGGAGAAAGGGUGUGACGAAACUCUUCUGGAGGCCGAGAGCCAGGAACUUGCUGGAGACCACUGGGCAGGGAGACCUCAGAACCGGGAGGAAGGGAGCUGGGAGGGCUGAGGGUAAGCACCCGAUGUUCCCUGAGCCCAGCGAGGGGUGGGACAAAGCGUGGGCUUCGGAGUCGGUGUGAGUCUCCGGGAGUCUGCCUCUACCACCUUACGCUCUGUGACCUUGGCGAGUCACCGCACCCUCUGAGACUAGGUCUCCUUACGAGUCCCUCCCCCCAUAGGAUGGCAGCAUUCAGUGACCCCCUGUGAGAUGCACCAACACCAAACGGGUGCUUAAAGGGUGUCAGGAAACAUUAGCAUCUGUCUCCUUCCUCCCUUCCUAGUGCUCAGGGCCUGGAAGGUAGAAGUGGAUUGGGGUGGUCAGGAAGGUUCCAGGAUGGGCUGGGGCUGGAGCUGCUUCAAGGAGUGGAAGCUCAGUUUAGCUGGAUGGAAAGGGCAGGGCUGGGCUGGGCCUCUGCUGAACCCUCUAUUCAGGCUCAGACCCCAGCGGGUCCCACCCCUGUCACCAGUGCUUAGACACCAGCUAGUGAAGGGUCAGAACACCCCGCUCCAGCUGGCUCAUGCAAAACACAGACAUUUACUGACUUAUGGAACCGAGAGAGCUGCAGGUACAGGUGGAUCCAGGGGCUCAGACGAUGACGUAGGCUGGCUUUCCCUGCUUCUUGCCUCCGAUCUCUGCUCUGGCUUCAGCCUGCACAUGCGGUUAAACAGCUACACGUGAAGACUCUGUAAAUGCUGCAUGUUAGAGCCCGAGGCUCGUUCUUUCUGUGGGAUGUGGGAAGAGACAGUGCUUCAGGUGUUAGAGGUAUGAUCGCACAGAGACCUUCUCCCUCGUUCAGCGAAGGACUGGAAAGUAUUAAUAACUGAGAGCUUUUCUUGGUGUCUGAAUCUGUGUUCUGAAGAUUGUGCACCUCCCUAACUGCUGUCAGGUGAUAAGGCGCUAUCAGUGCACUGUAAACAGGGGAGCAGCAUUGCUGGCUUACGGGGCGGGGCUGUGGGUGGACUGGGUUCCAGCAGACGAGUCUGGAAGCCAGGAGACUGGGUAGAUCCAGGGAGACAUGGAGAUGGAUUGUGCAGCGCGUGGCCAUGGGUAAGAAGCCAUGAGCUAGAUCGAUAGUUAAAAUAUAGACUUUGUAGAUAUGGGGCUGUAUCAUAACUGUCUUUUGGACCAAGGUGGCCAGAGGACGUUGGAACAGGUUAGCUGUUAUUAAGGUAAGAGGACUGAUCCAUCCCAGGACUGCAGGUAGACUUUCCCAGUCAUUACUGUCAGCUUCACCUCCUAACACAGAUUGUGCCCCGUCCACACACUGGAGGGCACACAACUCACCAGUAUAUUAAUGAGCACCUGUUCUGUGCCAGGCCCUGUGCCCCGUGCUUGAAUCAGAGAACCAAAGAUCCAUGCCUUCCUGGAAUGGACAUAUAAUUUAAUGUUGAUAAACCAUUAAUAUAAUAAAUAAGCAAAAUGUCCAGUACAUGAGCAGGUGACAGUGCCCUGGGGAAGGAGUGGGACCAGGGAGCAUAGCAGUGUGAGUUUGCCUCCAGCCACGUUUUGCUGCAUGGCUGCAGGUGCAGAGUAGGUGGAGAGGGAGCCAGGGUGGUAGGAUUGCAAAGUGAAGAUGCAGACGUGGGGCCGAUGGCAUGUGCAAGCAGUGAAAGUAAUGGUUGGCCCCAGAAUCUAAGCCAGGUGAGGAGGUGAUGGCUGGUGGCAAGAGGGGAGCAUCAGUGGCUUGGGGGUCCCCAUGGGAAGCCAGAGGGGCUUCUGUGGCUGCACAUCCUACCACAUAACUCUGUUAAAUCUGUGUGUGGCCUCUAAUUUUGUGAAGAUGAAUUGUUAGUUGAUCAAGAUAUAUAAAUGUGUUGGCCCUUAGUGAUAGGAGAGUGUGAGCGUUACAGAAUGCUGGAGGUGCCAGGGCCGGGCUCAAGGAGGCUCUUGCCUGUAGAACCUAGGCAGACAGAAGGAGCUGAGUGGAAUCUCCAGGGCAUAUGGUGGCUGUGGAAAGGUCCCUGCAUUAGAUCAGUUCAUCAGGGAACCAUGUUGCAUGAGGCGCUCCCCAUGGCCUGCUGCUGCUUGGCUACCAGAGCGACAAGACACAGGGACCCAGAGCAGAGAGACCUGGCAGCGUCCCAUGGUGUCCAGCCUCCCCUGGCAGGAAAGGUGUCAGGACCAUGGGGUUUGGUGUGAUGAUGAGUCUGAUAGCAGCCAAGUAAUUAGAAAAGGCGUUUCAUUUUCAGUGUGGGAGGAGGCCAGAAAGGUGGCUCUGACUCCACGCUGAGCUGGGGAAUUGCUCUGAAUUUUGAAACACCUUCUGAGCAAGUCCCUUCUGGAGGAUUCUGGACCUAGGGGUUCACAUUCCUUUGACUCUUGCUCUUCAGUGUCUUGAUUUGCCUCGAUGCUGCUGUUCAGUCCUCAAGACCACUGAGAGUUUUCUGCUAUGUUACCAUCUCCUUGUGUCCAAACAGUAACACUUUCUAUUUAGGCAGAAUUGAUUUUUAGCAAAGGUUUUAAGAGAAAGGAAAACCUUUUUAAUAAAGGAGAAAAAGUGGGCAUUGUUUUGACCAGUAAGAAUAGUGAUAAAGCUGACUCAGAGGACCUUUCCUCUUCUAAUUCUAGAGUUGGCUGCUCUGAUCAGAGGGAGGGGAGCCUGGUACUGCCUGAGCGUCUGCCGCGUGCCAGCAGGUGCUGAAGCCAGGCUGGAGGGUGAAGCAGUUCCAAAUCUUGGUCAGCACGCGGCCGCCUGUGGACUAGACUUAUUUUCUGUACAGGGAGCCAAGGAGGGGACCGACGACAUCCCCUCCAUGUGCCAGGCUCUGUGCUGGCCAAAACCCUGGAGCUUGGGGUUCAACCCUGCCUCCAACACUGACUCGCCCAGCAGCCCUGCCAGUCAUUCGGGCCUUCUGAGACUCGCUUUUCUCUUCCAUUCAAUGGGGUGUGCCUCCUGUGCUGGGAGCUGUGAGAGCAGAAUGGCUGGUGGAGAGGAUUGACCAGACACAGAGGUGAAGCCAUCUGCUCAGAGCCAGCCUGCAGAGCAUCUCCGGUGGGUACUGGUACCAGUUUGGUACAAACUGGAGUUUGGGGUAUAAAACGAUUUUGCUUGCACUCAAACGAGUGAAACAGAUAGGGCAGCCAGUAUGUGUAGCCUGAAAAGGCCUUCUCUUGUGGAUGAGGGGGAGGGAGGGCCGGGCACCCACAGGGCAGGACAGUGGGUGGGAACCCAAUCCCCAUUUUAGGGAGUUCACUCUAGGUGAGGCUGGGGUGCUAACCAGAGGCAGGGAGCCCCACUGAGGCAGAGGCAGCCUGGGCUGAGGGCCAGAGCAGAGGGACCUCCCGAUGGACGAGCUCAGGACGUGGAGGCAGGCUGGAUGUGAUGGAGGGAGAGGGAGGGGUCCAGAAACUGCCCUGACUCCUGGCUCUGUGCUUCAGGGCUGGGGCUGCUAAAACAGGGGACUGCAAGGAAAGAAGCGGUCUGGAAUAGAUGUAGAGGAAGUUGUCAGUGAUACUAGCAUUACGCCCGUGUCUUUACUCCAUGGAUGCCAUACCUUUCCACAAACUGGGUGGCUUAAAACAACAGUAAUCUGUUGUCUCACAGUUCCAGAGGCCUGAAGUUUGCAGUUAAGGUGUUGUCAGGGCUGUGUUCCUCUGAAGGCACCUGGGGAAGAUCCUUCCUUGCCUCUCCCAGCUCCUGUAGCCCCAGGCAUCACCCCAGCCUCUGCCUCUGAUGCCACAUGGCCUUCUCCUCUGGGUAUCUCUGUUUCUCCUUCUGCAAAAGUUUCUCAUAAGGACACUUGUAUUCGAAUUUAGGGCCCAUCCAGGUAAUCCAGGAAGAUCCCAUCUUGAGAUCCUUAACUUGAACAUAUCUACAAAGACCUGCUUUCCAAAGAAGGUCACAUUCACUGUCUGGGGCUGGGUGGGGGGAGACACCAUUUGACCCACUGCACUGGAGAAAAAUACCUCGAGCUCAGCCGAGGGGUGGGGACCAGGGACCGAAACUAGUCUACAGUCUCCCUUCACUGUCUCUGUGUGACCUGCUCCUCUCUCCACCUACCCAUGUCUGACAAACUUUCCUUGUAGGGAAAAAUCAUUCUUAGCUGCCAAGGUGUGAUUGAAAGUUAAACAAAAGCCAUCAGACACUUGGAGUACAAUUAGAUGGAAAAAUUAAACAUGAAUAAUUCAUCCGGCUUUGCCAGGGGGCGGGGGGCUUGUAAAUGAGUCUAAUUAUGCUCCUUCCCAAAGGAGGUCAGUCCUGCUGUGAAAAAAGCACCAUCUGCACGUGGGAUUCACGCAGCUGAUUCUGAAAUGGGGAUGGGGGAGGCCCCCUGGGACUUAAUCCUCGAAAUGAAAGGGUGCUCCAGGGUCAUACUCAACCCCUCAUUUUGCAAAUAGGGGAACCAAGGUUUACAGGUGGAAAUGAUUUUUGCAUGUGGAACUGAACAGUCCAGAGAGUGGUAAGACCAGGCACCCGGCCCAAGGCCCCCAACAUCCAAUUCAGUUGGAUGUUGGUCCUGCCAAAAUCCAGGCGUGUAUGGUCAAGUGUCUCAAAGUCCACAGGCAUGUGGCCACUCAGGUAGGGGUCCCGGAGGAGUGUUUGCGGUGUCUGGGACGUCAUUACUGUGCUACAGAGGCUUCUCCACAUCUACUUCCUUUGUCAGGAGUCCAUCUCCAGGCCCAUGCUCUGGGAUGUGACCACAGGGAUUCAGCAGGGACAGCCCCACUUGAUAAUUUGCCUGUCACACCCCCGAUGGCCAGCGAGGAGCUGGGCACCCACAGGGAGACCCUCAUCCUGCAACAAGUGGAGCCGGAGGUCUUAGAGAAGCCAUCCCGGGACUGGGUGACGGUAGACCCGGUUGGAUGGCCAUGCCAUGAAGGACACUGUGCUGUCCUGGAGGUGCUGGAUGUGGCUGUGGGUCCUGGGCUUCAGAGGCACACGUUGGCCAUGACUGUGCUUUUGUCUUCCUCCACCAGCAUCACGUGGAAAUGAGGCUCUGUGCUUCGCAUCAUCUUUCCCCAGCACCCAACUGUAUCCUGUCCUUCGACUGAAACAGCAAGAGAGGUUUCCCGAGUGAUGCACAGGCUGUAAGAACUGUGGUCCAAGGCUGUUGGUGGGACCAAGGCAUCAGAGAUUCUGCCUCCUCAGCCCACGCACAGGGUCCCUGGUCCACAUGGAUCCCCCGUUGGCCAGCCCUGUGGACUCAAGCCUUCAUGGGCUUGUUCAGAGUUGUAGUGGGUGUUUGCAGAAGGCAGGCCAAAGCUGAACAUGGUUGUUGUGAGGCCAUCAGGAGUGAUUAGGGUGGUGCGGGUCACAGGAAACAGGAAGCCCGUGCUCUAUGAUCAAGCAAGAGGCCACAGCCAUUUGCUUGGCCCUGGCCCCUGUGUGAGUCUGGGACCAGGGUCUGGGGGCCUGGGAGAGGAAGCUUGGAGACACCACAUUGCCUUCGCUCCGGCCACUAGCAUCCACAGCUUCCCAGGUUAGAAAGAUAGUUCAUCAACCCCAGCUUCCGUCUGCACACGCCAGAGUUCAGACAUCAUACCUCUGAUCCCCUCUCUGUUGAACUGGAUUCUAGAAUAUCUUGAGGCCGGAAAGGGAAGAGUUUGGACACUGACUCAGUCAAGAGAGUUAGGUGAUCCUGAAGUAACAAUUAGAAAGUCUCAGAGGUGACAACAGCCUGAGGCACAGCACAGCACCUGCUGGCUCUCAGAGCUUCCACCUGGAAGGAACACGCGUCACUUGUCCCUUCUGCCCUCCAUUCACUAGCAAAAGCAACAAGUCACUAUGGCCUGAGUCCCCUCAGGCCACGGGACAGGUCUCCAUGGGACGUUCAGAGAACCACCUGCUAGGCAAGUCAUCUUCACUUCCUGAGGAGGGUAUAACCCUGUGAAACAUGGUGAAAACCCAUGUCCCCUAACAAGUGACACAACCGAGACUCGAACCCAGCCUCCGUGUCCUGAGGCCUGACACUUCUGUGGGAGAAUCUAGUCCUUGUUUGCAGAACAUCUGACAGGUGCUGUACUGAUGUGCGUGACAUUUAUUAAAUGACGGCACUUUUUCUCUAGACACCAUUUUAAGUUCGGUAGGAAACUGAAGCCAUUCUGAGCAGGCAGAACCCAUGGAAAGUCAUCAGUGGGCACUCACGCUGGGAAGGAUGGGGAUGCAGGUUGGUGUUGAUGGAAUUCACAUCCCAGAAGUCUUUGCUCUUUUUCUUUCUCAACAUUCAGUCUCACUUUUUCAUGAUUUAAUCUCUGCUUCUUAUCGUACCAGAAAACCACAGUUUCCUGGGAAACCAAUUCAGGCACUGACGGCAUAGCUCCUUUUUUCUCUCUUUUUCUAUUUAAUGGGAUUCUAAGUUUCUGGUUAAUGGUGUGCUUCUAGCAAGCAAGAUUUGAGCAUUUACAGAGACCAUCCUCUGAUUGCACAGAUUCAACCGUCUUUUCUGAUGUUUUAUAAACUCUACUGUUUACAGAAGUCAGAAAAUGCCUCUUUCUUACUAAGAGAGGAAGCAGCCUGGGGUGGAUGGAGGAGGGAGGGCUGACAGCAAAUGGAUCUCAGAGUUUCAAUCAGCAUUUUCCAGAUAAUAAAAAAUAAUAAGAGCAACUGACAUUCACUGAGCUCUGUAAUGUGUUAGGCAGUUGCCAAGGGCUUUGCUUCUUCUCAUCUUCACAGCAAACCUAUGAGAUUAGAACUGUUAGCCCUUUUUACAGAUGAGGAAACUGAGGCAUGGGGAGCUGGUUGGAUUGGGUGUGGGGGAACUCACCCAGGAUCACACAGUCAGGAGGUGGCAGAGCUGGCAUUCUCUGAAUCCAGAGCUCACAUGCAAAGAAGAGGGAGGAGGGGACAUUUCCAUCCGAAGAAGCAGGCUUUGCAGAGCCCCCACAGGGCUGGGGAGACCAGAGACCAAGGGUGUCACUGUCCGAGAGGAAAGUGCCUUUAGGGCAGAGUGACUAGUAGGAUCUGAAGCCAGAAAGGUAGAGAGAGGCCAGGGUAUGCCAGGCCUUGGAUGCUACACCACAGGGUUAUGAUUUGCUGUUGUACGCAACAGGGAAUGGAUAGGAACCCAGCCUCAGCACUUAAUGCUGAGUCACUUUGGACAUGCUGUUUACCCUCUCUGGGCUCCAGCACAUCAGUCAGGGAUACUUCCUGUCCAAGCAACAAAAUUCUUGACCCUAAACAGAAAAUGGAUUUAUUGGCUCCCGUACUUAACCGUCCAGGGGUUAUGGUUUCAGAUGAGUCCUCAUCCAGCAUUCUAAAACUAUUGGCAGAUCUUUCUCUCCAUCCACUCUGUCUUUGGGGCAGUCUGCCCCAUCCCCAGGCUCUGGGUUUCCCCUUGUCAUGGCAGGGGAAACAAUCCCUUCCUCUCCACACCACCCAGACCUACAGAGAUGACAGAGCUGCAUGCCAGUGUUCCCAGCCUUCCAAGUCUAGAGCCCCUCCAUUGGCACAUCUGGCUCUGUCUGCUCCUUCUUCACAGUGUUCUGCGUGGGCAUGGAAGGCACAAAUCAGAGGUGAAAACCCAGAAAGGCAGAGAACCUUUUCUAAAGCAGAGUCUUGUUGCUGUCGGCAGAGGGAGUGGGUUUGGAGGGUGCGAAGGGGAGCCAACGGUGUCCAUGCACUCAGCUCAGACACAAUUCACAGAGUGACGGGGAGAAAUGAAAUUGUUCACCUAGUGUGUCCACGGCCCAGCUCUCAAUCAUCGCUCCUGGUCUUCCACUUGGCAACUGGUAGGGGAGGGGCAGAGGGGAGAGGCCUCACGGGUUGCCAGGUGUGGGGGCUGGGCAGCUGGUGGGCACUGGCUGGAGAGAGGGCACAGGUCAGAAAGGAGGCAGCGGUCCCGCCUUUUGGGGACAGUGGACGGUCACUCAAAAGGAGUGGCCAGCAAGCUAUUCGACACGCAGGCCUGCAGCUUGGGGACUCUGUGGCGGGGUGUGUGUUCAUGAGUCUCCAGAAUGGAGACAGCUCAGACGUGGGGUAGGUGGGUGUGCCGGGGAGAGGCGUUGGGAUACCCGAGGGUCUCCGAGGUGGGGAAGGCAGAGCCGCGAGGGCGCCCUCCCUUCACCGCCCCUUCCUUGACCCGG